UUUACCCUUCCCAUUUUGAUCGAACUCCGUAUAAAUACUCAGAAGUGUUUGACAGUCACAGUCAGUUAGCCAUUCCUGAGUCACACGCUCUGAUCUUCAUGAAUCUAGGAACCUGCGCCGCGGGUGCACCGUACCGUUGGGUGCACCUUCUCCCUCACGAAGGAAAGAGAAGAUGUGCGAGUGUGAGAGUGAGAGCGAAUGCGAGUGUUGGAGGAGGAAAAGGAGAUGGCGAAACGGCGUCGUAUUUGGACAUGUGGAAGAAGGCGGUGGAGAGAGAGAGGAAGAGCGCGAGCUUCAACUCAAUAGCGGACCGCGUGGCGGCAAAUACUGAUGACAACAACGACGACGAUCUGGAGAAGAAGACCAGUGAGUUCCAGAAGCUCCUCCAAGUCUCCGCCGAAGAGCGCGACAGGGUGCAGCGCAUGCAGGUCAUCGAUCGCGCCGCCGCCGCCAUCGCCGCCGCCAGGCAACUCCUUCAGGAACGCAGUGCCGCCGAUUCCAGCCACCACGAAGCCACCGCCGACGAACGACGUGACGAAUCAGGUUCAGGAAUGGGAGUGCAGAGUGAGGGUAUUCGUGUGUCAGAGUCAGAAACAAGGGGAAAUGGUGUGCCUGGCCCUGAUUUUUGGUCCUGGACACCCCCUGUGGAGAGUGAUGUUCCUUCAGAUGAUGGCAGUGGGCUGCAGUUAGAUACCAAGUCUUCUGUUCGUCCAACCUUGCCCAGUGCGGUUGUGGAGAAGGAGUGGACACCACAAUUUCUCUCCAUUCCAUUUGAGAGUUUACUUUCUCAAAGCGAGCGUAGUGAUUCUCUUCCACCCUUUCAGUCAUUUUUAGAGGUUGAGGAAGCUGAAACUACAUCAGACCCAGAGUCACUUUCUGAAUCACCUUCAUUGUCACUUUCCUUGGAAGAGGAACAGAUACAUGGUGAAUCGUCUUUUGAUUAUGCAGCAGAAGCAGCACAUGCCCUCAGUGAGGCAAAUAAAUCAUCACCUAUUGGAGUGAAUCCGGACGGAUCGAGAUGGUGGAAAGAGACAGGAAUUGAGCGAAGACCUGAUGGCGUGAUCUGCAGAUGGACAAUGACCAGAGGUGUUAGUGCUGACAAAGCUAUUGAGUGGCAAGAGAAGUACUGGGAAGCUUCUGAUGAUUUUGGCUAUAAGGAACUUGGUUCAGAGAAAUCUGGACGUGAUGCAAAUGGAAAUAUUUGGCGUGAAUUUUGGAGAGAAUCCUUGUGUCUGGAAAAUGGGCUUAUGAGUUUUGAGAAAACUGCAGACAAGUGGGGACGAAAUGUUAAUGGUAAUGAGUGGCAGGAAAAAUGGGGGGAGCGCUACAAUGCUGCUGGUCAAACAGAAAAAUGGGCACACAAGUGGUGCAGUAUUGACCCAAACACACCGCUUGAACCUGGACAUGCUCAUGUUUGGCAUGAAAGGUGGGGUGGCAAAUACGACGGGUACGGUGGGAGCAUAAAAUACACCGACAAAUGGGCCGAGCGGUUUGUGGAUGGUGGAUGGGAUAAAUGGGGUGACAAAUGGGAUGAAAAUUUUGAUCCAAAUGCUAAUGGUGUGAAGCAGGGGGAGAGCUGGUGGGAAGGUAGGCAUGGCGACCGCUGGAACCGAACUUGGGGUGAGCAACACAAUGGCUCUGGUUGGAUUCACAAGUACGGCCAGAGCAGUUCUGGGGAACACUGGGACACACACGCAAGAGAAGAUACCUGGUAUGAGAAAUUCCCUCAUUAUGGUUUCUUCAAUUGCUUCGAAAACUCCGUCCAGCUCAGGGAAGUUCCCAAACCAUCUGAAAUACUGGAAAUACAGCAAGUUCAGGAACCUUGAUUUGCUCAAACCUUAUAAAAAAUAUAUAGGAACCUUAUUACAUACCUCCAUCGUCUUUAGUAUGGUAAUACGCCAACUUGUAUGAUGAUCAUUUCUAAGCUCUUCUAGUACUUUAAGCCUUUAAGGACUGAAUAAUAUGUUCAUUGUUUCCCAUACAACAGCAAAAUAUACAUAUAUUUCGUUCAUAGAAUUUGUCUUACGAUUC